CAAGCGCCAAUGGCCUCCAAAAUGCAAACCAACAAGUCCCAGGCUUCUCAUCAGGCUGACUGACUGGUGGACAGUCGACCUCCAGAGGAACAUUUUUCAAACGUUUCAAGACUUUGCAUGUCCCCCAUAGGAUUGGCGAUCAAUCAACACUUAAUUGUGGUGUAUCACAAGUACCGGCCAUCGAUGCCCAGUAUGAGUUCACCAUGUUCGCCAAUUCCACCUCCACGAGCGGCUUACAUACCAAGCAACAACACCGUAGACGUGUCAGGACACAAAACCACCAUCCAACUGCCGUGGUUCAAGGCUUCAUUAACGCAAGGGACCGAGUUAGUCAUGAGCUUCCAUUAAUUGAACAUCGCCUACACCCCGCAGAGUCCGUACCAGGAGUUGCCGAGCAGCGACAGUCCCCCACUGGAACCUCUGACCACCCAGCCAGGACAAAAGAGUCGCCAGAGACUUCCCAUAUAGCAGUGCCUUCUUCAGUCACUGAAGGACUUGCCGGUCUCAAGAAAAGAGGCGGUCGAUCGAAAACUACGAGAAAGGUACCCGGUCCGCCACGUCCAGUCGUGCAACGUAGGAACGAAAUAAAUGAAGUUCUUAAGCCACUUUUCUCCAGCGCCCCGUUCAUUCUGAUCUGCGAGGGAAAUGAACAGGAUGCCUUGAUCUCUCCGGUCAGAUUACCAAAUGAAUUGGAUUUAGUCAGCUUGUGGGCUACUCUGUCUGGAGUUGCGCGGCAGCGUGCUUGGGGAUGGAAACGACUGCUAGGCCCCGAGAGACUUGAGCUAGUCAAUCUGAGAAUCGUCGACCGGCACGCUCGUAGACCAGGUGCAUUCCGGGGACAGUUCCAGAUCGUCAACAUUGCCAAGAGAAUCGAGGAGCUCGAACAGAUAAUCAGCAAGUAUGAUUAUUACAUGACUGAGCCAUCGAAUCCCGACGCGAGCGAGUACUGUUGCUACCAUGACCUAGAAUUAGACAGUGUCAUGCAUGGCCCCAAGAUCUGCGAAGGGGAAUGCGGAGAUGACUACACAGGACCCAAACACAGCUGUUGCGAUAUUCAAACGCAUGUGGACAGGUUGACAGAGCUUUCAAAGCUCAAGAUGGCCUCAGCCUGGCACAUGAUCCUGGCCUAUCCAGAGCUAGCCGCGGGAAAUGAUUUGCUUUACGAUAAAUGGAUCUAUUCCUCCAAAGACGUCAUACCACCUAUGAAAUCUGCCCUGUUCUGGGCAGUGGCAGAAAUUGAGUUCAUCGGCUUCCGCAUCGUGGAAUGGCCCUACAUCAGCUUAAGCACACUAUCUAUGACUGUUACGGUAGGAAGCACAGUGGUUUUCGGGCUAUUUGCCAUCCUUUCCCAAGCCAUAUAUCGUGACUGGGGAGUCGCUUAUACGGCAGGUGCCUCUUUCGUCGCCUUGGCUGGGGUGUUGACUACCUGGAUCGCUUGGACAUCGACAGGGUGA